CUGUUUCAUUGUGAUAUGUUCUGUAACUUUAACUUGUACAAUUAUCACUUAGGAGGUUCUAAAGAUACUGAGUCUUCUCUGACAUCUUUAGAAGGAUCAUCAUAUUCAAAGAAGCCAGCGUCUAGUAAGAAGAUAACAUUUGAUCCUGUUCCUGUCCAGAUAUCAGAACGGAUACAUGAGGUCCUGAAGUCUUCAAAGAGUGGUGUUAAAGCUUCUGAUAUUCCAACUAAAUACAAGAAUUACUUUAAUGAGGACCUACCAUGGCAGUCUUUAGGGUAUGCUAGCAUUGUGGAGAUGUUGUUUGAGAUGACAGAUAUUGCUGACUUAGAGAAACCAACAAAAGAUGGAGAGUAUCUUGUAUUUGCUAAAAAACAAGACACUGCUGGUGUUUCUGCAGCAACUGCAUUAAUGAAGAAGCCUACAUCCAUUCCUGAAACAUUGUCACUGCUAGUGUGUAGAAUAUUAGAAGGAUCUCCACCUGUUCCUGUUCACCAGUUUCCAAAGUUUUUUGAAAAAAUAACGUCGAGGGAGCUCCCACUGAUUGAGUAUGGCUUCAGUACAGUUGAAGAGUUUCUAGCUUACAUACCAGAGAUUAGUGUAAUUGAAGAUGAGAAGAAGGAGAAAGUUAUUAAAGUGACUCAGCCUGAAAAAGAAGUCAAGAAGGAGGAGGAAGUAGCUACUAAGGGAAAGACACUCUCGGAUACAUGUACUGCAAAAAAGAUCUUGCCUAAUCCUAAGCCUGAAUUCAGUUAUUCGGUUCUGUCGAUUCCAAAAGGCUCUAAACCGUUUGGUGUAUAUGUAACGUAUGUGAAGACACCAAGUUACCUGUGUAUUCAGAUAAUAGGAGAACAGACAACACAAGCUCUUGAUUCACUGCAUGAUGACAUGGCUCACUUUUAUAAUGGAAUAAGUGGUGACAAGCUAGUGGUAUCUAAUCCAGAGAUUGGAUCACCUUGCUGUGCUAGAUUUAACAAUGAUGGAUACUGGUACAGAGCUACUAUACUUGAACACUCUCAACCUGAUGUUGUUCAGAUCAGAUACGUCGACUAUGGAAACAAUGACUUUGUCCCUUUGAAUGCAAUCAGGCAACCAAAACCUCACUACUUAGCUCUUCCAGCUCAAUGUAUUGAGUGCAGAUUAGCCAACAUCUGUCCGCCAGGCAGCACUUGGUCUAAGAGAGCUUGUAGGAUCCUUGUAGAAAUGACUAAAGAUAAAGCUAUAGCUGCCAUGGCCACUUCCACUAAAGGUGAUGUGGUUUCACUGUGCUUAUGUGACACAACUACUGAUAAAGAUAUCCACAUUAAUGAUUAUCUCAUUGAAGAAGGACUAGCUUGUUUGUCAUCUGAUGCUGGAAAAGAGAGUCUUGAUAGUUAUCAAAUGGAACAUCCUCCAGUUGAGGUAUCAUCUGAAGAGAAAGAGGUUCGUUUGCCACACACAGUUAGUUCAGUUGCUGAAUCUGCUUCUAAACAGUACUUUCCUCCACUUACUCAUCCAUCACCUCAACAGUUCUAUCAGUUAAUGUUCAUGCAACAGCAAAUGCAACAUCCAUCACUUGCUCCACCUUAUUUUUAUGGACCGUCGUCACUUCUCCCUAAUCCUCCUCUUCCUAUUAAUGUUUCUGUUCCUGCUCCUCCUGGCUUUGACAAGCCUCUUCAUCCUUAUCCAGCUAAUUUCUAUCCAGGAGGAAUGAUACACAUGCAGCCACCUCAACCUGUGAUACCUCCUUCUCCUCUACCUUCUACUUUUGCUCCGACUUUCACUCCAGCUAGUACAAUGCAGGCUGCUGGCCCUCCUCCAUUAGCUACUGUACAGCCACUCCAGCAUAUUCCACCACUGGCUACUGUGGCCCCUGCUAAAGUCAACAACAGUAACAAAGAGAAUGUACCACAGCCUCCUCAGGUUUCUAGUGCCAAUGAUGAAGUUCCUGUUGAUAUGAAGAAGUUUGAAAAGAGGGUGCUUAUGAAGAAAGUUGUACUUCCAAAGCCUUACACUCUUCAUUUAAUAGACCACAAUGAUACACCAUGUGCUAUUAGCAAGGAGAUAUCAUCAUGGUUCUGGGAGUUUGAUCUCCUCCAUUAUCAUCUUAAUAAGAAGCCCAACUCACCAUCCGGCCAACCGAUUUAUCUUGACAAAGUACCAGAGCUCUAUCAGUUGAUAGUUGAUUCACAAUCUCCUGUGCUAUGGGAGGCGAAAGCAAAAGAUAAAAUCACUGUGUAUUCAUUAGAAGUUCUUCCUAAGAUAGUAGAGAUCCUGAAUGGCAGUCCAUCAUUGUGUGUGGCUUUGAACGAUAUACUGCAGGAAUGGAAGAAUAAAGGCUCUGACUUUUGGAUUGUAAGGAAUGAAGCUGCUCUGAAAGAGAAUUCUAUUGUUAAUCUCAUAAAGAAGCUUCAACAUGAAAGUAGCAAGCACUCGCGUGCUCUAGAGACUCUCAAAGAACUUGAGGAUGUUUCUCUUUGCUGUCUGUGCUGUCCAAAUUCAUCUGUACUGCCACUCUCUGCUUUAGAAGCCUGUUUAGGAUGUUUUUUUGCUCCAUCCUACCGUCCAGCUACUGUCCUGCUACUGACCACCUGUGCUACUACUACUGUCACAUUGUGCAUGUGUAACAAAAGAGCAAUGAACUACCUACGCAACAGUAGAGUAACUGUGGAGCAGAUAUUUAACCUUUUUUAUCUGUACUGUAGCUCUAUUAAAGUAUUUCAAGUCAGCUAA